AUGAAAGGCUGCUCAGAAAAAUUCUGGGGAAGACUGCUGCGCUACAGGCAACCCACCGGCGGUCGUUGUCAACAAACGGUGGGAGCUACAGCAGUUGCAGAUCACAGCUGCAGCAACAACCACAGCAACUUAACAAGCGCCCGCAAGCACUUGUAUCUGCGCUCCGGGAGCACUAACAGCUACUGUAGCUGGGCUUCUUCAAAGAGUUUUUCUUGGCGUUCGCUGCCACAGAAGUUAACUGCGUUGCGCAGUCCUGCAAGCCGCUGGUGGGACGUUGCAGCAGCAACACCUACUGCAUCAGCAAACCUUAAUUGUUUUUUUUGCACUAGAGCAACAGCUUUUGAAGAAGAAUGCUACGACUUGACUCUGGAGGAGCCGCAGAGGCUCGUUAUGGAACGCGUUGCCCUGCUUCUGCAGCGGCAGCAGCAGGAGCAGAUUGGGCAACAGCAGCAGCAACAACAGAAACAGUCAUCUGGGCUUGAAGCUCUGCUUCCCCUAUCCAUGCCUCCCCUGCUUUUUCGUUUUCUCUCUACAAGGGAUGACAUCAAGACACUUCGCUCAUUGCUUAUCGAACAGCAGCAAGGACACAGCAGCAACAGUGCGACCAACUUUGAGGAGUCUACAGAUACUGACUUGGUGGAGCUGCAGCACGAAGAAGAUGUGCUUGCUGCAGACUUGGCUCAGCUGCUGCUGCAGCACGCAGACAGUAUUGCCGCCGCAGCAAAGAAUGAGCAGCAGCCAGCCAAGAAAAGACCUGGGGGGCAGGCAGAUGAGGAGGAAGUUGUGCUUGAGGUGUUGGCGGGAGUGGGGGGCGAAGAGGCGGCACAGUUUGCUGGAGAAUUGUUCGGGAUGUACGAGGCGCUAGCUGCAGCAAAAGGAUGGUCUUUCGAGUCCCUCGAGAAGCACAAAAGUGCUGAAGGAGGAGGGCUGAGAAGAGCACGAGCAGUGGUAACAGGUUGUGGGGUUUCAGAGUUGCUCCCCCUAGAGGCGGGGGUGCACCGAGUACAGCGGGUGCCGUCAACUGAUGCCAAGAAGCGGCUGCAGACUUCCACUGCUGCUGUAACAGUGCUGCCCUGCGUCUCUGAGGCGGAAGUGGACAUGAGUUCUUGCAACAUUCGCAUUGAAAACAUGAGAGCCAGCGGGCCUGGGGGCCAGAGCGUUAACAAGAGCGAAACGGCAGUCCGGGCCACACACAUACCAACGGGCCUUUCUGUUUGCAUGCAGGAAACUUCCAGCCAAGCAGACAACCGCAAGAGGGCUCUGUUGCUGCUACGACACAUGCUGCAGCAACGCAUGCAACAGCAGCAGCAACAGGAGCUGCACGCUGCCGCUGGGGCGCAGAUGGGUAGCAAAGACCGCAGCGAGAAAAUAAGAACAUACAACUUUCCUUCCGACUGUGUACGGGACCACAGGUGCAGCGAAGCUAUUCCCGGCGUCCGACACUUCCUCGAAACUGCCGAGGGUCUGCCGCUGCUGCUCCGCCAACUUCACACCAAGAGGCAGCAACACCUGUUGACGCAAGCGGUAGAGGCAAUGCAGCAUUUGCUCCAGCAGCACCACGUCCCAUAA